CUGUUAUUGCCUAUAAAAACCCUCUCGGCCUCUGUUCUUCUUCCCCCUUCGCUCUCUGUUCUUCCUUGAGAACAUUUAUUUUUCUCUCUGUUUCCUCUGUUUCUUAGCCUUCAAAGACUCUUGCUUUUAUUAGCUUACCUAGUUUUUGAAACCGGUCCUCUGAUCAAGUUCCUUGCUGGUUAUCCUACCAACAAGAAAGAAAAUGGAAUACGAGGACCGAUUCAGACUAGCUCAGAGGCGUAAAUAUGAUUGCCUUCUGUUUGAUCUUGAUGAUACCCUUUAUCCUCUUAGUUCUGGCCUUGCAAGAGAAUGUGGAAAGAACAUUAAAGAUUACAUGGUUGAAAAGCUGGGCAUAGAAAAGGAAAAAAUUGUUGAAUUGUCCAACCUCUUGUAUAAGAAUUAUGGGACAACAAUGGCUGGCCUUAGGGCAGUUGGGUAUGACUUUGACUAUGAUGAGUACCAUAGUUAUGUUCAUGGAAGACUUCCUUAUGAGAAUCUAAAACCGGAUCCUCAAUUGAGGAGUCUAUUGCAGGCCUUGCCUCUUCGAAAAAUUAUCUUCACAAAUGCGGACAAGGUCCAUGCGGCUAAAGCUCUUACUAAACUUGGAUUAGAAGACUGUUUUGAAGGGAUUAUCUGCUUUGAGACUCUUAAUCCUACCCACAAGAAUACAGUUUCUGAUGAUGAAGAUGAUAUUGAGUUUUUGGGAUCAGCUGCUGCUGAUGCUCCCAGCAGCCUUAAAAUUUUUGACAUAAUUGCGCAUUUUGCUGAGGCCAAGCCAGGUGCAACGUUACCCAAGACACCCAUUGUCUGCAAGCCACAAGAAUCUGCCAUAGAGCGUGCUCUCAAGAUUGCCAAAAUCAACCCUCACAGAACAUUGUUCUUUGAUGAUAGUGUUCGCAACAUCCAGGCUGGAAAACGUGUUGGUCUUCACACUGUGCUGGUUGGCACUUCCCAGAGACCUAAGGCCACUGAUUAUGCAUUAGAAAGCAUUCACAAUAUCAAGCAGGCAUUACCAGAGCUCUGGGAAACCGACAUGAAAUCUGAAGUCAAUUAUCCUGGCCAGGCUGGUGUGGAGACAUCUGUGACAGCUUAGAUCCUAUGUUGUUUCUUCUUACUAUUAUGAGUAGGAAAAGCCAUAUCAAUCAUGUUUAGUGGGAUGAUAUUGCUAUUGUCCCCAUUCCUUGUUAUUGUUCAGCAGAUGAUGACAUGAUGUAGACGUCUUGUUCUGAUCUUCAUCAUAUAAAAUAUAAAUCAAUAAAAAAAAAAGGAAAUUUCUCCUUUUUCUAUUAAAAA